AUGGUAUUCCGUCGACGACUAGAUCAAUGGACAGUAUUUCUUCUCAAUCUAAUUUUGUCCAUUCAGAACGGAGCAGAUGCGAUUGAUGAUCACAUUUCCAAGUCGCUUCCCAGAAAUCUUCAAGACUCCGUGUUCGCAUGCGCCGGUGUUGAUGAGAUUAUACAAGAAGGCAACAUCUAUUUGGAAGUAACAGGGCGACCAGCAUAUCUGCAAGAAGGCCAUUUGCAUGUGCUGGAAAAUGCGCUGGCCUCGCUAUACGAGUCAGCAGCCAAGCAAACAUGCUCCACAGGAUACCGAUAUUUGACUGGAGCAAGAAUAAACAGAGACUCAAUACCUCAAACGACGGAUGUUGUGACCUUUGUUAUCGAUUUCGAGGUGACGGGGAGAUGUAAAGGCUGCGCAAGCGAUAUAGACUUCCUCUCGAACUUUCGACGACAAAGGAGGAUACGAGCAGCUACAGCUCCGGAAUCGCAACGACAACUGAGUUCGAAGAAGGCUUCGAAGAAAAGUUCAGACUCUUCAAGAUACUAUUACCAAUAUACCAAUUAUGGGAGCUCACAGAGUUCGAGCUCUAGAUAUUAUUAUCAUGGGGAUCCUUAUGUGGAUGUCGUUGGCCCGACAAGUACAUCCAGUUGCCACUGCCCCGCACCAGCUGUAGAAGGACUCGAAUAUGCCUUUGGCCGAAUCAUUCGAGAUAUCUUGGACCUUCGCAAUAUAUAUACUGGAACUCCAAGAGUGGGUGAUGACCCAAAUGCACCCACUCCUAUGGUUCCCACACCGAUGAUGCCAACACCUAUGCAACCAACCCCGAUGAUGCAACCAACCCCUCAGCCAACACCGAUGAUGCCCACUUCAACCCCACCGCCAACGAUGGGGCAGGGGCCUACAGAACCUCCUGUAAGUCCACCACCCACAGCACCUCCUACUCGUAGGACGACGCCUGCCCCAUCUAACGCACCUUCCUCCAAUGAUCCCCAACCUUCGUCGAUUCCCUCGGUUUCCCCCUCUUUGGUCCCUUCUACUGUGAACCAACCGUCAUCAAUUCCAUCGGCUUCACCCUCCAUCAUUCCCACACAACAACAACAGGAACCUUCUGCUACUCCAUCUUUGGCACCGUCAGUUGCGGGUGGACCAGAGCCAUCUGCGAAUCCAUCUUUGGCACCGUCCGUCAACGAUAACCCGGAACCAUCAGCAAAUCCAUCUUUGGCACCAUCCGUCACGCAAAAUGAUGUCUGUGAUGCUCAGAAUAAUCCAAUCAACUACAGAUCGCCGAAUUGCGAUGUCGCAACCCAAGGUGGCUAUCAAAUUUGUUUGGAGUUUCUGAACUUACCCUGUGAAGAUGCGCCAAUAUUUGACGAAGCCGUUGCCUUUUGGGAGUCCGUUAUCACCAAUGACUUGCCGGAUCACACUAUCCCAUUGAGAUUUUUGGACGAUCCUGAUUUCUGUGGUCCAGGAUACACUGUUCCAAACCCAAUGGACGAUCUCUUCAUUUGUGCUCAGUUUGACGAUAUUGAUGGUGUGAAUCGCGUUCUUGGAACUGGUACGAGUGUCAAUGAUGGAUCAGGCGUAGCAAAACCAAUUCUUUGGGGAAUUCUAAAGCUGGAUGCUGCUGAUAUUGCACGUUUCCAAGGAGACCCAAGCCUAUACUAUGACGUAGUGCUGCACGAAAUUGGCCACAUUCUUGGAAUCGGCAACAAUUGGAGACUAGCAACGGCUCCACUUGUCAAUGGUAAUUGCGAAUAUACCGGUGCAGCAGCUGUAGCGGUCUAUCGGGACCUCUCUGGAUGCGCAAAUGGUUUCCCACUUGCUGAGUGCACUAAUGGUCACUGGUCAGAAGACUGUUUUGAUGCCGAACUGAUGACACCCUCUAGAAAUGCCGGUGGCGUCCUUAUCUCGGAAAUGACCAUUGCGAGCUUGGACGAUAUGGGGUACACGACGGAUCGAAAUGCUGUGCAAUAUGACUUUAUUAGUUUCGAUAUGGCACAGACUUGCCGGUGUAACGCAAAUCCUAUCAAGAUAGAGAGUGGAUUGGUUUGGCAAUGGAACAAGCCAAUAAAACACAAAGAUCCGGAAAUAACACCAGAGCUUCGGGAAGAAGCCAAAAGGGCAGCGCCACCGCUAGUGCCAACCGUGACAUCCAAUGGGGAUGAGAACGACAACAGCACUACCAUUGGUACGACAUCAACUGUACUUUUCUGGAAUGAGGAGGCUGAGACUUUCUACGAAGUCUCAAUAUACUAA